CUGGAGAUACUGAAAGAUCGGCGGGGAGCGGUUACAUAUACAGCUUCCUGGAAUCCCCCCUCGGUGCAAGUAGUCAAAAGCAAAACGAAAAACCCUGCGUUCAUACCCAGCACAAGCCCUGUGUCCUCCUGCCAUGCGGAGCUGGGGUUGUCAGUAAGUUAGUAAUCUUGCCGGGGCACUUGUGGGACCACAUCUCAUCUUUACUUCACUGGAUCUACGGGAAGAUCGCAUUCACUGUGGGACAGCAUGGCUCUCAGAACCAGCAAAGGACCCAAUGUCGAACUUUUUAUAAAGGCUGGGGCAGAUGGAGAGAACGUGGGUAACUGCCCCUUCUGCCAAAGGCUGUUCAUGGUGCUGUGGUUAAAAGGAGUCAAGUUCACUGUGACCACUGUCGACAUGAAGAAGAAACCAGCAGAGCUCAAAGACUUGGCCCCUGGGACCAACCCUCCUUUCCUGCUAUACAACGGGGAGCUCAAGACUGACUUCAUCAAGAUAGAGGAGUUCCUGGAGCAAGUCCUGGCUCCACCCAGCUAUCCCAGCCUCAGCCCACUGAACAAGGAGUCCUUCAACGUCGGCGCUGAUAUUUUUGCCAAGUUCUCCGCUUUCAUCAAAAACAGCCCCACCAACACCUUCCAUGAGAAGGCCCUACUCCGGGAGUUCACGCGUCUGAACGACUACCUGAAUUCCCCACUCCCGGAGGAGAUAGACCACAACUCCACGGAGGACAUCCUCAUCUCCAAGAGGAAGUACCUGGAUGGAAACCGCCUGACGCUGGCUGAUUGUAACCUGCUGCCAAAGCUUCAUGUCAUCAAGGUUGCAGCCAAGAAGUACUGUGACUUUGACAUCCCCGAGCAUUUCACGGGCGUAUGGAGAUACCUGCAGAAUGCUUACGAGAGGGAGGAGUUCAGCCACACCUGUCCGGCCAAUGUGGAGAUCGAGAGGGCGUAUCUGACCGUGGCCAGCCAGAGGAAAUGAACACCUGCACAUGCCACGCACUCCAUGCCUACUCAGACUCCUGAACAGGAUGGAAGCUGAAUGAACCACCCUGAAGCUGAACUCUGAAUCCUUUAUGAAUAACUUUUUUUAUUGUUUUGAAUUAAUCAUGUCUUUCAAAGUGCUGCCUGGUGGUCCCUUCCUAAGAACCACCAUAGUCCUUCACCAUGAUCAAAAGAGUCAUUGACUCUCAGAAAUGAAUUGCCUUGUGUUUGAGCAAAGUAGAAUAAUAUUGUACAUGAAAUGCACUGUAGGGAAAAUUUGGUCAUCAAGAAAUUGUUUCUCAACUUCAUGAAUAAUAUUCAAUUUCAAUUACAUUUCACACUAAUGACCAUGUGUGCAUUUAACAGUAUAAAUAUUUUAGGAGCAUUAUGUUCAUAGUGUAAAUACAUAGAAUUAUAUAUUUUUCAUAUAUGUAUGAAUUGUAACCAUACCUGUAUAUUUAUUUUAGAUUGUUUAUGGUGUGACUUAAAAUUAGAUAAUGUAAAUUGGAUAAUGCAAGUAAAUAAUAAAACACCCUUAUGUAUUCACACACCACAUUUAGCACUGAAUACAGGAUUAGGGGCAAAAUGUCAAAGUGUCCAAAAACAUUAACACCACGUCUCCCCCAUUCAGUGGAUAGGCUGAGCAGUAUUUUUGUUUCAUUUGGGGGUGGCAUUAGCCCAGGCAGUAAGAGCAGUCGUCUAGCAGUCGGAGGGUUGCCGGUAUGAUCCUGCCCUGGGUGCGUCAAAGUGUCUCAGAGCAAGACAGCUAACGCCCAAAUGCUCCUGACGAGCUGGUUGGUACCUUGCAUGGCAGCCAAUCGCCGUUGGUAUGAAUGGAUGACUGAGAAGCAGCAAUUGUUGGAUAAAGGCGCUAUAUAAAUUCCAACCAUUUACCAUUUUAAUAGCAUGUACCUUUUAAUGCAAUUCAUCUCACCAUAACUAUAUGCUUACAAUUUUAAAAUACCUAUCAAUACAAUGUUUUUUAUUAUUUCUGUGCAUGUGUACACGUGAGCAUGCAAAUACAGUGCACAGUAUUUCAGUGUUUCACUUUUCAGUAUUUACUGUAUAUGGGACAUGUUUUUCUUCAGUAUAAAACUCUGUUGCCCCCUUGUGGAGAAAUAACUUUCAUCGCUUUUUCAAGUUGAUAUGUUCAUUCCGUUUUUUCUUUGUUUUCAUGACUGAUAAAUGCAGUUUGACACAGGACUGGUCUGGCGCUACACACACACACUCAAUCAUUUAAACCAUUUUUUACGGAGAUCUCUUUAUUGUCUGUCGCUGCUUUCAUUCAAAUAAAAAAUAUAAAUUUUUAUUCGA